UAAACCGAGUUCCUACGGCGCCAUUUUGAUGUUAGCAAGCCAUCACCUGCCGUUGGCUUUCCAUUGACUCCCAUUCAUUUUGGCGCCACUUUGACAAGCGAAUAACUUUACAUCUGAAGCGUUUAAAAACUUAAGUUGUCUGUUGUUUAUUUCUAAAGAAACAUGAGCAUGUAUAAAACGUUCCAUUACUUUGUAGCUCACGUUACGGCUCCGUAGCAGACGUUUUUGUAAACAUAGGCUAAAGAUUGUGUCAUAACCGCGCGGUUUACUGUCGCACAGUAGAGGAAUUACCGUAAAGUACGGGAUAAGCUCGCAGACAGUUUGGACUUCCCUUAGCUGUUUAGGUUUAAUUACUAAUGUUAACUAGCAUGUUAGUUAGCAGUAAUUAGCCUGUGCCUAUGUUAUCUCCUAACAUAUACCUACGCUCUCCGUCUCUGCAAGACUGGGAAAGAUUGAGAUUUCUCUUGCACAGCUACCAGAUGACUUACAACUUUCAGACAGGUUGCUCACGUCACAGUUGCGUCGUCAAGCUCAGUUGGAGGCUGCGCAGUAACGCUCAGCCAUCACCGGAAAAGAACUUCUAAUGGUCUUCAAUGGUCUCCGUCUGGAGCAACGGGGUCUGUUGGUCCAUGUCUUUAACUGUCUGUCUUUCAUCUGCGCUCCUGUCCCUACUGAACGCUUUCAUAUUCAUUGUAGUUACUGUACCACGUGAGGCGGAGUGGACCUUAGUGCUCACCGGCACCAUGCCAACGACAAACCGGAAGAAGCAGGGGGGGGACACCGCGGUGCAGGGGACCAACGACAGCAGUGUGGUGAGCAAGGUGUCUGCUGCAGCGCAGGGCUACUUCCACGACGUCUUCCUCCAACACUUUGUGUGCAAAGCGGCCAGAAGAGCCCCGCUCAUCAACAGGGGCUACUAUGUGCGCUGGAGAGCCGUGGACUACUGCGUGAGGAGGUUCCUGCUCGUUACUGACGGCUGCCCACGGAGACAGAUUCUGUCUUUGGGUGCAGGGUUCGACUCGGCGUAUUUCCGCCUCCACGCGGACGAAGCGCUGGACAGGGCCGUUGUGUUUGAGGUAGACUUUCCUGAUGUCGCUCGCCGCAAGGCGGCCCUGAUCAAGUCUAACAACACGCUGAGGGGGAUGUUGGACCCCCAUCUACCUUCUCGUACAGGGCCUGAAUAUGUGGCCAGUAGUCGGUACCAUCUGCUAGGGGUGGAUGUUAGAGAGGAGUCCCGGGUGGAGGAGGCUCUGGGUGCAGCGGGGCUGGACUGGGCCGCCCCCACCCUAAUUCUCUCUGAAGUGGUGCUUACCUACAUGGAAGCAAAAUGGUCGGAUGCUGUCAUUAGUUGGACGGCAAAGCUCCUGCCACAGUCCCUCUUCGUAAUGUACGAGCAGAUACGUCCACUCGAUCCCUUCGGUCGGAUCAUGCAAGAUCAUUUCCUGAAGCUAAAUUCGACUCUACACGCCCUGCUACAGUACCCGGACACUGCUGCACAGAGGCACCGGUUCCUGGACAAGGGCUGGGAGCAGUGUGUGUGUCUGGACAUGAAUGACUUCUACGUAGGACUCGUCCCUGAGGAGGAGAGAGGCCGAGUGGAGAGCCUGGAGCCUUUCGAUGAAUAUGAGGAGUGGCACCAGAAAUGUUCCCACUACUUCAUCCUCACUGCAUCUCGAGGCGCUUUGAUGACACAGGCUUUACUCUCGCCAGCUCCAGUAUCUUCGGUGCCAUCCAUUUGCCCGUCUUGGAGCCCCUCAGCGCUGAGUGUGCAGACCCUACCGGUUGGUGUGGAGGGGCUGGGGAUGGCUUCCACGUGGGUGAGCCCGGGGCAGGUGCUGCUGACAGGAGGCUCCAGCAGGGGAGGCAGGGGGCCGGUGGCUAGGACCCUCCUCUGGGGCCAGAAAGGCUGGAGAUCUGUUAGGGUAGAACCAGCAGUUGAUUUGGGUGUUCGACUCUACCACACCGCUACCCCUCUUCCCGGAGGAGGUGUGGUGGUAUAUGGGGGUCGCUCAUCUCCACUCAACCCAAUCAGAGGCCUUUUCAGAGUAACCCUGGACACCCUCGGCCCCCCUGCUCCACACGACUCAGAGGGCCGAGACCCUGUGAAACUAUGUGUAGCGCAGAUGGUCUGCACGGGGGACCCACCAGCGCCAAGAUGGAGGCACACUGCUACUACUGUCAGUCACAAAGGAAAAGACUUUGUGGUUGUGUUUGGGGGGAAGAAUGAAUCCGAGGCCGCUGUGGGGGACGCCUGCUUCCUGUGUCCAGACCAGCAGCACUGGACUCAGAUCCCGGUAGAGGGCUCAGCACCGGAGGCCCGCCAUACCCACUCAGCAUGUUCAUAUCAGGGAGGUAUGGUGGUGUUUGGAGGACUGGACCGAAGGGGAUCACCACUGGGGGACACAGCACUGUUAAGACCCACGGACAGAGGCUUCUCCUGGGAAAGGGUAGAGGUGCAGCCCCCUCCUGUUCCCAGGUACUCUCACUCUGCCCAUGUGAUUGGUGAAAAGCUGCUCGUGGUUGGUGGAGUUUGGCUGCAUUCAGAUGGUGUACCAGGUGUCGUCGUGAUCGACCUCACCACGCGCAGCAGUGUGGAGUUCAGCCUGGACACGACGUCGGUGCCUUGGCCUCUGAUGCUCCACUCGUUCUGCUCUGAGCUGACGGACUCAGAGGAACCACAGCUGCUCCUGAUAGGAGGGGGGGGGAACUGUUUCUCUUUUGGGACUCACUUCAACCCUCAGCCUGUCACCGUGGACCUCGGACCUGCGCUGGGAUGAAGUCAAGUGUUUCUAUGAAAGGGUCAAGCCGCUCAAAUCAGUGACUUGUGGCAGUCCGAACUCCAACCGUCAGUCCUCUCCGAUGGGAUGAAAUGGAUAAACUUAAGAUUUUGGACAGUUUGAAUAGAGCUUACUUCUCCAGACACAUGUUAUUGUUACUGAGCCCUGAUGUGUUUUAUGUCUGAGUAAGCGUGAUGUAUGUUUCUGCGUUAAAAUGACACUGUGGGUACGUACAUAGGUACGUGGAGACACGGACCCUACGCCGUAGCCUGACGUGCACCUCU